UGACAUGAAUCGCGGUAUGGCAACAGUCAAUGGAAUGCUGUUUGUAUUCUAUGGUAUGUAGUUAUUGGUAGGAGCAUUAGCGGACGUAUAUAAUAGCCAAGGUUAGUGGAAACAUUGUCGUUUUGAGGAACAGUACAUAGUUUAAAUUUAAAUAACUAAUAUUAACAUUAAAUCUAAUCCUACCAAUGUAUUAAAAAUUUGCUGAUUUCAUCAAAAAAUUAACAUGAUUCUCUCCGUGAUCUGUUCUUGAGUUAAAUAUGGAUAUACAAGUGCCUUGGAUACUGCAAACUACUAUUUGGAUAUAAUGUGUUGUGUGAUACAUCUAAUUUUUGUAUUCGUUGUGCCAUUAUAGUGUGCUCAUGCUUUUGGGAAUCUCGUUAUCUGAAAUUAUAGACAUGUUGAAAGUUCAAAAAUCUAGUUUUUAUUUCUUACAUAAAUGUUUAAUAAUUAGAUAUCAACAUGCGUAAAAGAAAGCCCCUUCGAGAUUAUUCUUUAUUUUUUUCUAUUCUCCUGCAUCAUUAUCAUCAGUGAUGUAAGGAGAAGGCUAAAGUACAUAAAAAACUUUUUAUUGUAAUUUGUAAUACAUAUGAUCAACCAAGAAGAUAAUCGUACAAAAUCAAAAUUUCUUCCUUUAAAUCAGAAUGUCGUCAAUAGCAAUAAUAUUCCUUAUAUUGACAAUAUGCCGUCGAUGAUUCGCGAUAGCGCGGGUCAUCCACGAAGAGAUGUAGGAACCCCAGUUUCUUGUGCGCGUGUUACGACUGAAUUAGGCGUUUCGGUAGCAUCUGCUGUUUAUUCUGUCGCAGCCACUUCUGUUAAAAGAGCAGAGUCUUUACAUCGAAAAGGAGAGUGUGUAAAUGGUGCUGCACCACCACCACCUGGUGCACCUAAUGGCACUGGAACGUCUAGUUCUGUAAAAUCUUCGCGUGAUGGAUAUCGUGAAAAAGCUUUAGAAGAAAUUCGAAAUAGUUUAAAACCUUAUGCCACAUCUGAUCCUCACGGAGAGGGUAUUUAUGAAUUCAGCAGCGCUAGUAGUAGCGCUAGUGAAAGUAGUGGUGCAAGUCAAGUCACAAAUAAUUGGAGCUCACUACUUCCUAAUUCAAAUGGAUUCAAUGUACAAAAAGCUUUUCAGCAUUUGCUAGCUUUGGGUCAUAGUGAGGAAUCUGCUGCUGCUUAUGUUUUGAAAUUAACUUCAGAUGAUCAUUUAAAAGAUUAUGAAGAUCCCAAAGUUGAUCCAGUCAAUGGGGUUAUGAAAUUAGGAAUUCCAAAUAAUGUCAAGUAUAAAAGUCAACCCAAACCUAUAGAUCUUCCAGAUACAUCUCAUGAAUAUGCUUCUAUCAAUAAUAUCAGAUAUCCUGAAAUUUCGAGACAUGAUAGCUCUAAUGUAUGCAUCACUGGUCUCCGACACAAAAUAUUACCUGAUCCUCCAAAAUUAAUUUAUGGAAGUUCAUUGGCUAACUGUGAAGUAACAUCUAAUUAUCGAAUCAAUGUAGCUAAUGACUUUUCAAGCACAGAUGUACCACCUCCUCUUCCACCUCCUAGAGGGACAAUGUGCCCUCCUCCUACUCCGCCUCGCAGUACUCCACCUUUGCCUCCUCCCAUAAAUUCACAGACAGAACUUUCUCAUACUUCAACAAAUGGAGUUUGUGUUAAGCAGCCGUAUAUGAGACGCAUGUCACCGGUGCCAACUUCUUCAUGGCAAGCUCUCAAUUAUACUUCGUCUGCUAGCUCUACUCCUCAACGAGGCACAAGUCCAAUUACUUCUAAUCGUGCCCCUAUGGUCGUGGUGAAUAAUUCUCAAAUACAUCAGCAAUUAACUCAACAAUUACAAGCCUUGUCUGUGAAUUCAAAUGGCUCUUCAGUGUCAUCUAUGUCCCGAAGUGAUGGGCCAUAUCAUGCUGGUAGUUCUAAUGGCAAAUCAUGGUAUUCCUCUUCCCCUCAACCAUCAUAUACUUCCUCUAGUUCUGGAAGGCAUAGUCCAACUCCAACUAUAAGUAGUAGUGAAUAUUCAAUACCUCCUGUUUUUCAACUUAAACGAACUCCACCUCCUGCAUAUACUCCUCCAUCUUCAUAUUCAUCUUCACCCCAGCCAUCUCCUCAACAUAGAGCUCCAUCCCCUGGUGGAAUCGUUAAUUCUGUUUCUUCAGUUUUAUCUCGACCAGCUGCUCUUCAAGCUUGGAGUUCUAGACAAGCAAAAUCUCAAUCACCUAUCAUCAUGCAGUCUGUUAAAAGUACACAGGUUCAAAAGCCAGUAUUACAGACUGCAGUUGCUCCCACAUCACCACCUCCUGCUGUGACUGCUGCACCUAAUUUUACACCCUCUGGCCAAUCAUCUGCAGCACCAAACCCUCCACCUCCAUAUCCUAUACAUAAAGUUACAUCUGUUGCAAGUAUUAAUUCAGCAGUAUCUUCUGACUCUAGCAGUAUACUUAUGUCACCUGUUAGCCCUUCUUCCUCUUCUUCUUCUCCUUUAAGACCUGUGGAAUCUUCUAAUCCCCCUCCUCUGUACCCACGAAACCAAAAUAAACCUCAAUUAACACAGCCUAAUCAUGCCCCAGAACCACCUCCUUACCAAGUUGCUCCAAAUACUCUUCACUCUUCUAUUCCACCAUCUCCAACACCCCCUCCAUAUUCCAAUCCCAUGUGGCAAGUAAUGUCGAAUUCAACUCAAAAUAUAGCAAAUCAACCUCCACCUUAUUUAUCUAUGUCUUUAUCACAAAAACCGCUUCCAGAACCUCCUGUUUCCGAACCACUACCAUCUUUAUAUACUUCUAAUGAUACAAAUCAAAACAAAUGGUCUGAACAAUCUCCAGAAAUAUUACCUAUGGACAAUUGCCCACUUUCUAAUGUUCCCACUACUGACCCACCUAGUUAUGCAUCUAGUAUAGCUGUGCUGUCUGCUCAAAGGGCAGCUGCAGCACGAAUGACUAAGCUCAAUAAUAAUGUGCCAACCAUUAUAAGUAAUGGGCCAACUUCUAACUCUUUUACUAGUGGACCUAUUACUGAUCCAGUUAAUGGAAAUGGAACAAAAGCUACGUCCAAUCUUGUAAAUACAGUGGAUAGCAUCUGUACAUCCCAAAUAACUGCACUUCCAGGAUCUUAUGUGAAUAUAAAUGGUAUGCCCGAAGAUGCAUUCUCAUUUUUUGACAAUCAUCAUACAACUGUUUAUAGAAAACUCUCCCCUGUAGCUAUGGAUACUGCCAGUUCUGCCUCUCGUUCUGAAUCGCCUGUGUCCAGGGCAGUCAAUCAAUCGCCUGUAUCAUUUAUGUCAACUACUUCAACAUCAUCCCCUUCCACACAAUCAGAUUCCACUCAUGAGCUGAAUAAAGUGCAAAACAAAAUUACUCAGUUGUCUCCACCUCCACCUAGAAAAAUGCUUUCUAAAGAAAAAGAAAAAGAACGCAGAGAAAGUAAAGUCCGAAAUUAUUCUCCUGCCGCUUUCAAAUUUUUCAUGGAACAACACAUUGAAAAUUUGCUUAAGUCACAUCAAGAACGUGAGCAUCGCCGUCAACAACUCGAGUCAGAAAUGGCAAAAGUUGGUUUAACAAAAGAAGCUCAGUGUGAGAUUCGAAAAAUGCUUCACCAAAAGGAAUCUAAUUACAUCAGGCUAAAAAGAGCAAAAAUGAAUAAAUCUAUGUUCACUAAAAUAAAAACAAUAGGUAUAGGUGCAUUUGGUGAAGUUGCACUUGUGCGAAAAGUUGACGCCAAUCAAUUAUAUGCCAUGAAAACUUUACGAAAAUCGGAUGUUCUGAAACGAAAUCAAGUUGCGCACGUAAAAGCAGAAAGGGACAUUUUAGCAGAGGCUGACAAUGAGUGGGUUGUAAAAUUAUAUUAUUCUUUUCAAGAUGAUGAAAAUCUAUAUUUUGUUAUGGAUUUCAUUCAAGGAGGUGAUCUAAUGUCACUGCUCAUAAAAUUAGGUGUUUUUUCAGAAACUUUAGCUAGAUUUUAUAUAGCAGAACUUGUUUUAGCUGUUGAAAGUGUGCAUAAAAUGGGUUUCAUUCAUAGAGACAUUAAACCUGAUAAUAUACUCAUUGAUAGAGAUGGUCACAUAAAACUGACUGACUUUGGACUUUGUACAGGCUUUAGGUGGACUCAUAAUUCAAAAUAUUACCAAAGAAAUGGAGAGCAUGGAAGACAAGACUCAAUGGAUUUAGAUGAUAAGUGGGGAAAUGAAUGUCACUGUAAACCUAGUGCCAAUCUUAAACCUUUAGAAAGGAGAAGAAAGCGGGAACAUCAAAGGUGUCUUGCUCAUUCAUUAGUAGGAACUCCAAAUUACAUCGCUCCUGAAGUCUUGCUCAAAUCUGGAUAUACUCAGUUGUGCGAUUGGUGGAGUGUAGGUGUUAUUCUUUAUGAAAUGCUUGUUGGACAGCCUCCAUUUUAUGCCAACACACCAGCUGAAACUCAGUUAAAAGUAAUUAACUGGGAAGCUACUUUAAGAAUACCCAAGAAAGCUAACAUUGCUGACGAAGCUACUGAUCUAAUCUUGAGGCUGUGUACUGUGGCAGAGUCAAGGUUAGGCAGGAAUGGAGUGGAGGAAAUAAAGCAACACAGUUUCUUUUCGGAAAUAGACUUUAACAGUGACCUCAGGAAAACACGUGCUCCUUACAUACCCAAUAUUCGCUAUCCAACAGACACAUCCAAUUUCGAUCCCAUCGAUUCAGACAAACUGCGAAGUGACAAUUCUGAAUCAAGUGAUGAGGGUAACUUGGAUGAUCCUAGUGACAAUAACAAGCAUCCGGAACAUGCAUUCUUAGAAUUUACAUUUCGUAGGUUUUUUGAUGAUGGGGGUGUUUACCCUAAUCGAGCACCUCCUCCACCUUUGGAGGAAGCUCCCGAGAAACAAAGUUCACCUGUUUAUGUUUGAUAAUGAGGUUUUUUAGCUUUGUAAUAAUUAUAAGUGUGCUCUUUUAUUUGGAUGGACUGAUUAAAGAGCACUAUUGCAUAGGCGGCAUUCUAGUUAUGAAAUGUAAAUAUGCUACAGGCACUUUUGUUUUAGUGAGUAUAAAAACAAAAUGUUCUGAGCUGGGCUAAAAGUGUAGUUCUCUGUAGUAACACAAAAGCUGAGCAAGAUCGCCUUCGGCUUGAAAACCAUUGCCUUCUUUGCUUUUGCCUUCUCUAGUUUUCAAGCCUUUUAAUAUGAAUACUAUUAAAUUCUGUAAAUAAUAAGAAAUUAUAAAAAAUAUUACUAUUUAUUUAUUUAUGUAUAUUUUACAAAAAAAAAUUAUAAAUUAUUUUUUUUAAAUUUCUUAAGCAGUUGUAUUUAAUAAUUUAUUUAAGGAUUUUGCAACAGAAAUAUUUAUGCCAGAAUAAUUUCUACAGAAUUGAAAAUGUGUAUUCUGAUAACUUUAAAAUUAAGUAUUUUUAAUGUAGGAAAUUGCAAUAACAUAAUACAGGAAGUUAAGUAUAUAAUGAUAGAUUUACAAAAUAUUUUGCUACAUUAUAAUAUAUUUUUAGCUUUUGCUUCCUUUUAUAACAUUUCAUAAAUAUUUUAUAUGACUAUUUACAUGAUCAUUAAAGAAGAGUCAAGAUAUACAAGAGAAAAAAAAAGCAUAAAAGAAAUCUUUCAUGUUAUGCCACCAUAUUUAACUCAAAAUUUCUUUUUAAACUUUGAUGGAUUGUUCUAUUGGCCCAUAGUUUGUGUAUAUGAAGGAAAAAUUUUAUGUAAUGCACUUAAAAAUAUAAAUUAAAAAUGCUUUUCAAGUAAUAAAUAAACAUAUCCAGAAAUAUACUACAAAAAAUGAAUUUAAUGCAUUUGUGUUAUUUAAUAAGAAUUUAAUGUUUAGAUCCUAGAUGAUAAGAGUUUAACUUCAGAGUAAAUAUAUCUUAUUCUUCUAAAUCCUCUUGCAUUCAAGUAGUUGGUUUUGUAUCUACUUUAGAUUCUAAUGUAUCACUUAAAAAAUUAUCUUUUUACAAAUAAGAAUAUUAUUCAGGUCGAUAGGAAAACAUAAUAUGGACUUUUGUUACCCAUUCUCCAGAAAACAGUUAAUGAAAGCUCACAUGUAUGAGGCAGUGGCAAUCAAGACAUUACUCAAAUUUAGACUGUCGAGAUUACAUUUAAUGCAAGAAUAUUUUAGUUUAGAAAAGCUGAUCAUAUAAAAUGAAUUAAAAUCUUUUUUCACAUAAAUCGUCUGUGAUUUACACUGAUUUAUUUAACUUGAAAAGUAAGUUGUAAACAUAUUGCUCAUAUUUCUAAACUAUGUCCUUAAUUGUCUGUUUUUCAUUUGAAAAUACAUAUUGCAAGAGUACCAAAUUUGAUCGUAUCUCAUUUAAUGAAAACUACCGGGCAUGUUGAGAAUUUUUUUAACCAUACAUUAAGUUUAAAGUAAUGUGCCUUUGUAAAUGAUAAAAUGUAUUUUGAUCUAGCUAAUUAAAACAAUAAUAUUUAUGUAGUUAGACCACCGUGGCCUUAAAAAAGAUGUUUAAAAUGUUCAAUUUGUAUGCUUUAGCCUUUUUAUGGCUUGUUUUGCUAAUAUAAAUAUUUUAAAUAGGGAUGUUCUUAUUAAAUAUGUGUCACUUUCUCUAGAGUGUUGUUAUUCUCAAAGGAGGCCUUAAUGGUUUUAUAUGUCAGAUGCUGUUUUGCUCUUAUUUAUUUAUAAUGACAAUGUAAAACAAUUAAAGUGCACUUAACUGUUCCAUGAUUGCCUUUAGUUGGAAAUUGCAUGUGUUUGUUAAUAUUGCUUCAAUUAAAAUUUAUAUUUCAGUUUAAAAAAAUUAACUUAUCUAUAUAUUUCUAUGGACUUCAUGGAGAAGUUAUCUUUUUAAUUCUUAUUUGAAUUGAAGUUAAUAAGAUUUUUUUUUGUGAGAUAAAUUUCUCCCCAUGGGAUCCAGAGGUACUUAAAAAUAUUACAAGUAAAAAAAAAAAGUGUAUUAAAUAAUUUUUUUUAUAAGCAAUAUCUUUUAUUUUCAUGUUUUUUUUAUUUCUGCAGAGUUUCUUUUAAAUUAAAAGAAACACUGAAUCCCGGUGCUGCAAUGAAUUUAUCAAUUCUUUAAAUAUUUUUUUUCCCACCAAACUAUUUUAGCAAUUGCAAAUUGAAUUUUAUUUUAGUUAGUUAGGUGUAAAAUAACUUAUUUCAUGAGUAUAUAAUUUAUCACAAUUCAGUUAAGAAAAUAAUAGGUAUAAAUGUUUUACGACAUUAAUUUGUCUUCAUCAAACUUUCAGAGCUAUUAAAUUUUUGAUAAUCAUAUCUGUUAUUAUGUUUACAAUUACUGCUUACAGAGUAUUUAUAUUUUUAAAUAAAAUACUAAUUUAACAUUAAUAGUCAAAACAGUGUUAAGUUGCAUUUGUUAACCUAAAAUAAGAAUUUUGUUGUAAUAAACAUUAUACUGUAUGUGUUCUUAAUAAUUUAAAUGUGUACUUUAAGAAAUAUGCAUUUUUUUCUUAAUUUUUAUGUAAAAAAUUCUUUUACUCAAACUUAAUUUGUUUUGAUUCAUUAACAAACUCGUGCAAUCUUAACUAAGCAUGUUUACAUUUUACAAAGAUUUUAACAACUGCUUGCCUAGAAAGAAAAAAAAAAAACUUUUUUUCUCCUUUGAAGGAAAAUUUAGUGCUAGAUUGUAAGAAACAUCUUGUAAAUAUUGCAUUGUUGUCGUAUUCUUCUCAGCCUUGUAUAGCAUUAUCAUUAACAAAUUGUAAAUAUUAAAUAGUUGAAACUUGAUUUGUGCAUUGCUAUGUGUGAUUGAUUGUUUAUAUAGAAUGCUGGAGGUUUACAUAAAGGGCAUUGAAUAGCCUCUGUACAGAUUUCAAUAAACAUGUUUGUUUUUA